GUUCCUCGUCCUCGGGUACGUGGAACUCGAGUAUGUAACGAUUGCCAGUCGCCUUCCCCGUUUUCCCCAAGAUUAACACCCCCCCCCGCUCUCUCUCUGUGUCCAAACUAAGAUCAAAACCUUAUGCUCUUGGUGCAAUUUCCGGCUUUUUCUUGGGCUUGAAGACGAAAAAGCGAUGAUGCAGACUGGUAACUUUAUGCCGCCGAUGAAUCCAAUGGCUCAGACGAACCCAGGUCCGUUCACGUCAACCCUACCUCAACCAUGGUUUCCGAUACUACCCCCAGCUCCUCCACCUUCUUGUGCCUUUUGGGAAACCACAAAUGUGAGUGAUCGCCUCAAGGAGUUACGCGACACCAUUGAACUUGCAAAAUCCAUGGAAAAAGAGUUAGAGGCAUUCAUUAGGAUCAAAGAUUGUGAAGGAUCCAUGGAGGGUGAAGAAGAUGGUUUGAUGUUGAGGCUUUCUAGGUUUUUGGAAGAGAAUAGAAUGGACUUGGUAUCACAAGAGUCACUUUCGUUGCAAGCUGCGAAUGCUAUAAUGUUGAAGUUAGGAGCUCAACUUGAGCCAUUUAGAGUUGUCACGAAUGAAACAACUCCAUGGGAGGAAAAGUCUGCAGUGGUGCAAUUAGGUAAUAAAAUGCUGAAGUCCAGAAGAAACAAACAAUGGAGGAAGAGAAAGAGGAAGAGAAUUGCAGAAACGCUUGUGAAGGAACGUGAGCAAUUGGACCAAGCUGAUCAAGAAGCUGACGAAUGGAGGGCUAGAGAAAUCGCAAAGGAUAUUGCAAAACGAAAGGUAGAAAAGAUGAAAGAAAUCGCAAAACUUAAAGCAAAAGAAGAGAAGAAGAGAUUAGAAUCUGAGCUUGAGCUUGUAUUGAUUGUGGAGAAGUUGCAAGAGUUGCGGUCUCUCAGGAUCCAAAAAUUGAAAAAACAAGGCCAUUUUCUCCCAGAGGAGGAUGAUAAGUUCCUUGAAAGAGUUCGAGCUGCAGUUGAGGAAGAGGAGCGCCAAGCAACAGUUGCAGCUGAUACAGAUGCUGCUAAGGGUGCAAUUGCAACUGCUGAGGAAUCUAGAAAAAGCUUUCAGGGUUGUGGGCCUGACUCAAAAGUUGUAACAGGUGAUGAAGGUGGAAAUGAGGAUGGUCAAGACAAAACAACUGAAAGUGAAAAUAGAAGAGGCUCAGGUAUGGUCACUGACAAGGAAUCUGGAAAUCAAGGAUCAGAAGGACAAAGCCAUGGUGGGGUGUAUGAUUCUGUGGCAAGUUUACCAAUUGAGUUUUAUCACUAUUACCAUGGCAGCAAUACGGAUUUGGGAACACUUGUUGAGGUUAGAAGAAUGUGGGAUCAAUAUAUAGGACCAGGGGGAAGCCGUAUACCAGGACACUGGGUUCAACCUCCAAAACCAGCAGAUGCAAUAUGGGCUUCCUACCUUGUGCAGCCUAAAUGACUGUUUGGAUUACUUUUUGUUGGUGACUGAUAUGGGCAUCCUACCUUCCUGAUAUCAUCACGACUUGUUUUCUGGUUUGGUAGCAUAACAUUGUCGCAUCUGCUACAUAUUUCGCAACAUGAUACUGUGACCUUGGAUAUUGUAUUGGUUUGACCGAAUAACAUCCUUUCUUUCUCCGACUGAUGGUUGAACUCAAUCUGGGUAUUCUUUGUUCA